AGACUUUUUUGUAACCCAGUUUCCUUUUCAUACCAUUCUAUUCCCUGUCCUUUUAACAUCCCAAUCACUUCUCUUCCUAACAAAGAUAGCUCCAACACCUGAAAAUGGGUUGUUUCAGACCUCGUUCCAAGACUACUUCUCGCAUGAAUACUUCAUCUUCUUUCCCUUCUCAACAACAAAACUCAGCACCCAGAAACCUCAAGCAAGAGGUUUUGCUGAGGAUUCCAGGAUGCACAGUUCAUCUCAUGGAUGAAGGAGAAGCUAUAGAACUUGGCAAGGGUGAGUUCACUCUUGUCAAAAUCUUGGAUGACAAUGUUUCUCUCGCUACCAUCAUAAAAGUUGGUGAUGAUCUUCAGUGGCCUUUGACAAAAGAUGAGCCGGUUGUGAAGCUUGACUUUCUUCACUAUUUGUUCUCGUUGCCAAUGAAAGAUGAUGAUCCACUGAGCUAUGGUGUAACAUUUAUGGAGCAGUACGGCAGCAGUUUGGGGUUGCUGGAUUCAUUUUUAAGUGAGCACUCUUGCUUUUCUAGCACAGCAUCUACCCGGAAAAAUGAUGUUGAUUGGAAAGAGUUUGCUCCCAGAAUUGAUGACUACAAUAAUGUCUUGGCCAAGGCAAUUGCGGGAGGGACUGGUCAGAUUAUUAAAGGGAUUUUCAAAUGUAGCAACGCUUACACUAACCAGGUUCAUAAAGGAGGAGAAAUGAUACUAGCUCGUGCUACAGAGGAGAAAAAGGGGGUCAAAGCCAGAGAAAGUAGUAGCAACAGAAACAAUGGGGCCAAAAACAAGAGCGGAGUCAACAAAAGCUUAAAACGUGUGAGAAAGCUGUCAAAGAUGACAGAAAAGUUAAGCAAAUCUAUGCUUGACGUUGUUGGUGUGGCCACUGGAUCAGUGAUGACACCGUUGGUAAAAUCGCAGGCAGGCAAGGCAAUUUUAGCCUCGGUUCCAGGAGAGGUCAUCUUGGCUUCACUUGAUGCUGUCAACAAGGUUCUGGAUGCAGCUGAAGUUGCUGAAAAACAAGCUGUAUCUGCAACCACCCAUGCUACAACCAGAGCAGUCAGUGAGAGGUACGGUGAAAGUGCAGGGGAGGCAACUGGAGAUGUGCUGGCAACUGCAGGGCACUGUGCUUGCGCUGCUUGGAAUAUUUUCAAGAUAAGAAAAGCCAUCAAUCCAGCAUCAUCUGUUACCACUGGAGUACUCAAGAGUACAGACCAAAUCAGGAGAAAUGGAAAUGGAAAUGGAAGAUAUUGAGGGGAUUUAUUUAUUUAAAGUUAAAACGAAUGUUUCCAUGUUGUCAAGUUGUAUGCAUUCCAGAAAACAGCCACAUUGAACGUAAGAUACUUCUGCGUUGCAAAUUAAAGGAUUUGCUGUCCUAAUUAGAUGAUCCUCUGCUCUGGUGUUUGACGAUGUGUAUAUUAUCCAAUUGUCCGACAAUGGGAGUUAUUA